GUGAAGCAGCUGCAGUCAGAUGAGCUGCAGUGCACAGAUAUUGACACAAGCCCUCUAAAACUCGCUCAAAAUCAACCUGCCAGUAAUGAGAAGCACGGCAUGGCAGACAGACAGGACAAUGAGGUGGAGGAGGCUGAGCAGGUGUACCUGCUGAUGAAAGAGGAGUACAGGAUCUCACGCAACGUGCGUCUGUCCUGGUUCCUGAACCGGCUCAAUCAGGUCGUUCGGCCCGGUCCACCGUCUGAGCUGCUGAAGUCAGAGAACGAGCUGGAUGUUAUGAGCGUCCUCCCAAAAGGAUGGCAGCCCGACUCUCCUUCCUCGUCCUGCCCGUGUCUGCUGGUUCCCUCCACACGCGUGACCUUCCUGGCACGCAGGUACCGCUUCAUCAUCGAGCUGGACCUGAGCCCGUCCACCGGGAUUGUGGAUGACAGCACAGGAGAGAUGAUCUUUGACGAAGUCUUCCACGCUCUGUCUCGGUGCUUGAUUGGUUUGGCAAAACCCUUUAAAGUCCCAGGAACGGAUCACGUGUUCCAGCCAGAGAUCUUCAUAACCAUUCUGGCGUAUUCCUCCAUCAUUGGCCUUAGCUCUCAUCAGGUGUUGGUUCAGGGCUGUCAGCUGGACUGUAUGGAUUUGGAGCAGUUCUUGCAUCAGAUCUAUCAGCAGCUGAGAGCCGUGGAGAGCAGCAUCGCUGACGUCUUACAGCAGCAGCACAAUCAGUUCAGUGGAUCGGUCCAUCAGUCCUUCUCUAAUGAUGCUGUGGAGGACGUGUCUCAGAGGAAGCCGGGGGUCUCCAUGUUGACGGCGGAUGUGGGGCUGGUCAGCAUGGUGAGGCAAGGGAUUCUGGCACUGCAGCUGCUGCCUCCCAACUCUGGUGCAGGUAUAAUAAUCAUCACAGAUGGAGUGACGAGUGUCCCUGAUGUAGCUGUGUGUGAAACGCUACUGAACCAGCUGAGAAGUGGAACUAUUGCCUGUUCGUUUGUCCAGGUGGGCGGUGCUUACUCCUAUGACUGUAGUUUUGGCUACAUCCCCAACGUGGAGCUGAUGAAGUUCAUCUCAAUGGCAACCUUUGGCUCCUACCUCUCCAUGUAUCCAGAGUCCGACUCUCCGGGCGACGAGAUGAACGCUUACCACCGCGCCUUCCUCACAUACUCCUUCCUGAGGACCGGCGAGUCCAUGAACCCGGAGUACUACUGCUUCUCCCAGCACAGGCUCUUUAAUGAACACCUGGUGUCAGCCAGCGGAAACCCUGCCUUAGUCAUGCGCAGGAAGAAACACACGGAGAAGGAAGUGCACGCUGACUUGAUCAGUGUCCUGUCCAUCAGACUGCGAGAGGGAUACACCAUCCGAGAGAUCAACAUCACGAAAGGAGGAAGUCAGCUGGAGGUGAAGCUGGUCCUGCUCUGGAAGCACAACAUGCGUAUCGAGUACCUUGCCAUGGCGUCCUGGCCCCUGAAUCCAGUCAAACGCACCACCUGGGUGGAGGUGACCAUUGAAGGCAGCUACGACAUCCUCCAUGACAUCAGCUGCACCAUGAGGAAGCCAAUCACAAGCCCCUACAGGACGACUGUCAUCCGCCGCUUCUGGAACACUCUGCAGAGCAUAAAUCAGACGGACCAGAUGUUGGUGCACCUGCAGUCCUUUAAUUCCAUCCCAGAGCACUACACCAUCCCCGAAAGCACCAAAAACGGGGUUCCUCUGUUUUACAUCCCACCUGGAUCCACCACACCGGUCCUCUCCCUCCAGCACAGUGGCUCUAAAGACUCCAGCCAAUCACAGUUUUCCUCCUACUGGAAGCCCAUCCUGUCCAUGGACGCCAACUUCUGGCAGCGCUGGCUGCACAUGCAUCGCAUCGCUAUCAUUCUGGAGCAUGACAUCCCGGUCCCGAAGCACGUGCACAACGCUGGCAGUAACGGUCGCUUCAGUACCGUCCAGUGUCGCAUCUCUCACUCGGCGCUCACCUCGCUGCUCAGGGACUGGAGCAGUUUCGUCCUGGUGGAGGGAUACUCAUACGUCAAACUUAUUUACAGUGCCUCUGAGCUGCCGCCCGUCUCCUUCUAUCUGGUGCGUCUGAUCUCUAAAGCUCCCUGCAUGGUGCUGCGAUUGGGCUUCCCCAUAGGAACACUAGCACACACCAGGAACAAGAUUGUGGAUGAACUUCGAGAGCAGAUCCUUCGGCUGCGGUUCCCUCAUCGAGUCCAGAAUAAGGAGGCCACGCCGAAAACCAAGCGGAAGAUUCUGGGUAACGCGUCGCCCUCCAAGUCUCCGCCUCUUCCUGUGCCCAAACCGGCGCUGUCUGACCGGCCGUGUGUGGUGGUGCUCAACAAACCUCUGGAAAAACUACUGAUCAGGUACGAGAAACUUCCUUCAGAUUUCCGCACCCCUUUCAUCUUAAACAUGGAGCCGUUCGCUCAGCCGCGCGUCAUGGGCGCUCCUCUCAUUGUGGCUGCCAGCAGGACGGCGUCCUCCACCAUGGCAUCUCUGUCCCGUUACUUCCUGCACCAGCGCUGGGUUUGGGCUGUGCAGAACGGCCCGGGAACCGCUGUGUCGCUACACGCAGUUGCUCAUAUCCUCUCCAUGCUCUCAGAUAUUCGUCUUUCUGAAGGCUUCCACUUCGCCGCCAGUGGAGAGGGAAUCAUCAACAUGGUGGCAGAACUGCCAGUGCAGAGUCCAUCAGCUGGUUUGGAUGGAGAAAAACACACCUGCAUAGUCCAGUACAUCCUUUUUCCACCUCAUUCCACUUCUACUAAGGACAGUUUCUCCACAGAUGAUGACAAUGACACUGAGGUGGAGGCCAUAGAUGUGGACACAGAGCUGAGUUUGGUGACGGAGUGCUGGGUGGAGCCCCAGAGCGGAGCUGUCUGCAGUUCACUGGAGCAGCACAGACACUUUCAGACGCUCACCUAUCAGGAGAUCCCUCAGGCUAUUUUUCCCCGUGAUCUGUCGUGCAUGACGACGAUGAUCACGUUCGAAUACCUCAUCCAGCUGUGUCAGAAUAGAGAGCAGGUGUGUCCUCUCAGCAGCGUCAGAGAUGCUCCAGGUGCUGCUGCUGAGGACUGCAUACACACUGUGCCUUUCCAGUUCGACCUGAUGAAACUCUUGCCCAAGUGCCAGCAGAUCGAGCUCUUCUUCUACACCUUCAGCCGAGAGGGGCAGGUGGGCGCCUCCUCUCUGCCCAACGACCUCCUCCUCGGCCUCUUCCACGGCUCCCUGCAGAGCGAGCUCAGCGAUCGAGAGAUCCCGUUGACUGACGGCGAUCAUGUGGCGUUCAUGCAUCACAUCCUAGAGCGGGAAAGAGACGGCCAUGUGGCUCCAUUCUCACUUCCUGUCAUUAAAGAGGAGAGCUUGAAGCCUCCGGAGAGGCAGGACACUGUUCUGUCUUUCCACACGAUUGGAAGCAGUAAAGAGGUGACCGGCUCCUCCAGCACACUGCAGAGCUUCAGUAAUGCAGAUCUUGUGGAUGACGAGCCAGCUGGCGCGGAGCAGGACAGUUUAUCUCCUCACUGGAAAUGUUACGCCAAAUACAUCAGUCAUCAGCAGAUCCUGCUCACUUUCCUGCCAGCUACAUUCACAGAUGUGCAGAUUUUGAUGUCGUCUGGGCUGGAAACUGAACCUCCAAUCAACAGAAGUUUACUGGAAGAGGAGGAGUCCUGUAGUAACGGCAACGGCCAAUCACAGACAGACUCCUUCAGCAGCUCUGCCAAUGGUCCACAGGUUGGAUCGAGUCAACAUGGAGAAGACAGGAAGCCGUCCACAGAGGAACCAGAAGCAGCGCUGAAGACGUCUGCAGGACAGAGCUGCGUGAACACAACUUCGGAGGAGAAGGAUGGCGUUCAGUUUGUGGAGCCUGAGAAGCGAGACUGUCACAUCACGUUCAGCAGACAGGCGUCUCAGCAGAGCGGAGCUGACGCAGCACGACCCCGCUGCCCCAUCUACAUCUACAACUGCUCACUGGAGUCCCUGAAAGAGCAGCUGGUCCACCCGCGCUCGGGACGCCAGCCCAGAGACGUCUUCUUCAGAUCAAUCUCUCAGGAGCGCAGCAGCGCCUCGUCCUGGACGGAGCUCAUGACUCAACCUCACAAACACAAAGAACUGGCCAACUACUGCAGCCUGCUACAGGAGCACUACUACCAGAGCUAUGUCAAAGGUGUUUAUCGCAGUCUGCAGCAGUCACACAACGUGAGCUCACAGGAUCUACUGACAGCCAUGGACUACUGCGAGGAGUCGCUGCAGGAGAUCGACAUCACUUCCUUCCUGCAGACGCUCUGCGGACACGUGCGUGUGUUUCGUGAGCGCCACGAGCUGCACGGCUCCGUCAACGCAAGCAAGUCCAGUGACGCUUCCACCACCUUCACCAUCGGAGAAGGAGAAGACGAUGGAGCUGACAGAGCCACACUGGUGUCUUCAUCCAGUAUUGAGCUGGAGGAUGUGAGUGAAGCUGAUUCCAGAGGGAAAGUCUCUGCUCCCACGUCCCUGCUGGACCUGGACGAACCCAAGUCUCCAAAAAUCCCAGAAUUCCCUCUGUCGCUUCUCCAGUCCCCACAGAAAUGUGAUGUGUAUCCUGAUUUGCAUAAAAUCAUACAGGACAAGUUCACAGAAAUUGGUGCUCAGUAUUUCAAGACUGUACCGUCCAAUCCACACUAUUUCUUUUACUGCCUCCCAUCUUCCAAAAAAGAGGAGGAUUCGGAGCGAGGAGGAGAGCGGAGAGCCAGUGAGGACUGUGAGGUGUCUGAAGCUGAACUCGCCACAGAAGACGAGAACGUGUCGGGCUGCUGCAUCGUGACGGAGAGUGACACGGAUCUGGAGGUGGAGUAUCAGGAUUGUGGGAAUGGCAGAGCGGAGGCUGGAGGACAGGGAGCAGGUGAAGGCGAGUCUCCGUCAGACUCCAACACGGUGAACCAGGACGAGGACUCCUUCAGUAUUUUGGACGGAGACUCUCUGCUGGAGCUGGAGGGUCCACAGCCGGAGAUGCCUCCUCUGUUCGUGCACCUCACCUGCUCCGUCAACAUGAAGAGCUGCCAUGGAUCCAUGCCCACGCAAACACUGCCAACCUGUCUGGGUGAAGUCAUUUCCUGUCUUGAGAACGCUGAGGAUCUUCAGUGGGUGGAUCUGAAGCAGUUGUCUGUCACUCUGGAUAUCUUCGUGCUCACGUUACCUCUGGAGAUCGAGGCCAUGGCUCCUGACUUCCAUCACAACAGAUACACGUCUGAGAGCAGUGUGUCUCUGAACCGCUCUCCUGGACAGCCCUCGUCCUAUCGCUCUGACGAGGAGCUCAUGGCCAAUCUGGACGGCCUGCGCGGGGUCGGUGUGGAAAGUAUGUCUGGAGAUCCCUUGUCCAAACUUCCUGUUCCACACAAAAUGGCUGUUUUAGCCACCAUGGAUGAGAUCCGCUGGCUGUUGGAGGAUGAGAUGGUCUCUGCUCUGCGGCGCUCGUCUGUCAUCAGCUCCUCUACGCUGCAGAAAGUGUCGGAGCACGUGUGUCGCUCCAGCGGCCGGCCGCAGUGCCACUCUGAGCUCGUUCCCCUCCAGUUCGUGUUUGGUCCCGAGCAGUCGCUGGAGAAGUUUCAAGAGGAGUUCAAGAGGUUAUCUCUUCCUGGUUACCUGCUGAACGCCGAGCAGCACAACUUCCACUACGUCUCACUGAGUCGCCAGCAGUCUCACAGACUCCAGCUGUCUAACAUCGCUGCUCAGUACUCGGGAACUAGCUCUCAGCGAACCAGCCAGUGUCCCGAGCUGGAGGACAGAGCCAGAGCAUCAGCAAACAUCUGCACGACAGACAAAGACAGAGAAAGAGAGCCUGACACUGAGCAGGUUGAGUGUGGAGACACGCAGAGGGCCGAUGAGGACACACGGCCUGCAGCAGCUGAUUCAGCCAGCGAGUCUCUCUCGGAGACCUCUGACCCCGGGCAGAUCAAGCAGGCCGACCCCGAGGAGACUCGACCUCAGAGUGCUCACCUGCAGGCAGGCAGCAGCAGCACCGAGCGCUCGUCUGAUCACAUGUCCCCUCCAAAAACACCCUCCGCUGCCAGCCUGGCCGAGUCCGUGCAGUCCACCACACACAGCAGUGGGAAACUGCGUCCCAGUCGAGUUCAGAGUGUGGUCUCCAGUCAGGGCAGCCUGGACUCAGACAUGCUGGGUUAUGACGGAGGCAGCAGUGACUCUGAGUGCGACGGACCCACUAUGAAUGAGCAGGAGAGACAGACGCCACUCAUGCCUGAUUUCUGGCUCAUCAUCAGAAUUCACCAGGACAGGGUGGAGGUUUUCUCUCACACCAGGAGUUUUAACAGAGAGGAAGAGGAGGAGAUCCCAGAGUACCUGCGUCUUCAUCAGCUGGUGGUGAGGAGGAUUGGAGAAAUGUGCCGAACAGUCAACCAGCGCCUCCUGCUGCAGGACCUGCAUGAUAGUCACGUGUGUCACUCUCUCCUGGUGGCUGAGAGCGAAGAGGACAUCUGGAAGAACGAGUCGCUCUACCGACCCAGGAUGACCAACUCUGACGACUACAAUGCAGAUGAGAGCUAUCAGCCGCGGGACUACCUUGCCGCCACCAUGCAGUUCAUCCCGGGUUACUUCGCCUGUGAUGUGGUCUGGAGCACCGUUAUUUAUAUUCACCCCCGCCUCAAAAUGGGACCCAACAUGGGCGUGUCCCGAGCUAUCCAGGCUCUGCGCUCCGUUCUAAACGCUUUCUGUGUGGUAAACCGCAAAAACAUGUUUGUUUAUCAGGAGCGCACCACCAAAUCUGUGUUCUACCUCCGACUCUCCGAGACGUCUCAGGCAGGGAAGUACAGUGAUUUGGAUGGAAACGUGCACGUGUCUCGCUCUGUGGGUCUGGCCCGCAGCCAGGAGCCGCUGGGCUCUGAGGACCUCACGUCAUCACGCUCAUCUGUGGAAGGCUCCAGGCCGGUUGGACUGGUGGACAAACACAUUCUGCUGCAGGUGCAUGGCGUAGGGACCGCAGGUCCAGAGAUCACGGAUGAGUUGGUGAAGGUUUUGAGGAAGCGUCUGGACGAGGCCACGCUGGACAUCAUCACAGUCAUGCUGGUCAGGAACUGCAAACUGACACCUGCAGAUGUGGAGUUCAUCCAGCCUCCCGGCUCUCCGGCGACGGAGGUGAUGGAGUUCUGUCUGCCGCUGUACUGUGUGCCGUGGAUCCAGGCCGUGGCUCACUACCUCCGUCAGAACCUCCUCAUCUUCCUCCACAUCCCCAAAUACACCGACAGCAACAUGGAGCACCACUUUAAGCAUUACUUCCAUUUGAGCAGCGAGCUGCCCGAUCAUGACAUCUAUCUGUACAAUAAACCUGGAGGCCAGGGCACAGGAGGCAAAGGGAUCGCCUGCAUCGUGCUGUCCUUCGUGGACGCUAAAGGCUGCAUGCUGCAGAUUCCUGCUCAGGACGGCAUUGCUCCGGCUCUCAGAGGAGACGUCUCCAGCAUCUCCCUCCAGCCGGACCAGUUCGAGGCCUUGACGACUGUUGUCAAAGAGGACUCUGGCAGCCAGAGCUCAGGUGCAGCCGUGCGUGUGCGCUUCGACGUGUGGGAGCAGGGUAACAUCAGCCCCCUGCAGCUGACCGACAGGCUCAGGGCGGCCCUACGCCACGCCCUCUGUGACGUGGUGAUGGAGAUGCGUGUGCUGCCCAACCCGCUGUGUCUGGACACCUUCUGCCUGUCUGCGGCUGCCCCACGGGACGAGAGCACAGUUCCCUUGAGUCUCCUGCAGUCUGACAGUAAGGAGGUGAAGGAGAGCGUUCGGCGGCUCAGUGGAGCUCAUGGGCUCAAGAGCGGUCCGUCUCCCAUCAGCUUGAGUUCAGCACCCAGCUCCACCACGACCACUGGAACCAGCACACCCGAGUCCACCACACCCACCGGCAAAACCACCCGCCGCAGCUUCUGGGAAAUACUGAGUAAACCAGAGACUUCUGAGCUUGGCAGUCCGAAGACGACAGAUGACAUCGUACCGGAGCGUGUCGAGGACAGUCGUGUGAACCGACGAAGACACAAGACGGAGAGCGUCAAACAGCAGUGGAACCAAGAGAAAGCCAUGGCAGUCGAGCAAGAGCAGGCCCAGAGGAGACAUGCAGUCCAGCUGGAGGAGGGUGAUACAGGCACUCUUCAGCCCGUCUUCCACACCACGUACCUGCCCUGGGUCACCUUCAUGAACAGACUGGGUUGUCCGUCCAUUCAGCACUGUUCAGCUGAAGUCUCGCAUCACUUCCUCCUGCCCUCCAUCCUCACAGAGAUCGUCAAUCUGGUCGGCUCACUGGCCAGUGACACGGCAGUCAAAGUGUUCGAAAGAAGCAGCUGUCCUCAGGGAGACAUCUAUGUCCCCCUGUCAAUCAUCCAGCACAUCAGCCAACCACCUGGCACCACCAGGAGCUUCAUUCUCAUUGGUCGGAACUUCAGCCAAUGGCAUUUCAGUACAGAACAAGAAGACAGUUCAGAUGAAGAGAACAGUCCAGUACUAAAUAGGUGCACACCUAAUAAGGGCAUGCAGCGGUUCGAGGCUUUGGAGCACAGUGAUUGGCUGAGCCCGGGGCAGGCUGUGAGGGGCGUGGCUCCACGCCAGCGCUUCCUGUACAUGCAAAUUGUUAAUAAGAAGGUGACUCUGUACACGUAUAACUGGUCGGUGGAUCUGGGCGUCUCUCUGAAUCAGGGUCUGGUCAGACUGGUGCAGUGGCAGAACGCCCGCGCUCAUGUGGUCAACUGCCUCCUGAGUCAGAAAAUGGGCCUUUUCCAUCAUUACUGCUCAUCUGAUACACCUUCACAAGAGGACCUGAAACAGGAGCCCAACCCGUUCCUGAGCUCCACGAUCGAGGCGGACGCUCUGUUGAGGAGUCCGGUUCCUCCGGCCGCGAGUAAGGAUCAGGGUCGGAUGGGCAGCUCUGCUCGUGCUCUUCCUCCUCUGGCCUUCCCUGGAGAACUCGUGCCCUUUGAUGAAGCUCUGAGAGACGUGAACACGGUGAGGCCCCUGACCAGUCAGGACGGGCCCGAUAUAGUCACUCGCCACGGAGCCCAAAUACUGGAGGUCAAAGCCGCUGAACGCAGAGAGCUGGAGAGACAGAUGAAGAUUGAGAAUCUGUUUGUGACGUGGCAGCAGCGCUCGGCUCAAUCUAACAUGCCCAUCUCUGUGGCCGAUCUGGACACACUGAAGCAGUCCUCUCGACUGGUCCAUUACUGCGCCACGCCGCUGCUCUUCGACCCUGUCUUCCGGAAACAGAUUCAAGAGGAACAGCUGCCUCAGCCCCAGAUGAAGAAGCGGCAUCGCUCCAGUGACUCCACGGCGUCCGGCCGCGAUCGCAGCUACAGCACAGAUUCUGCAGACACGCUUCCCAGUCGACUGAAGGAGGAGCCGUGGCUGCAGGACAUCUCCAGCAUGUUCCUGCAGCAGUAUGUGCAGUACCUGCAGAGCAUGGGCUUCAUCCUGGUGCAGGUCCGGCCGCAGUCGCCCGCUCGCAGCAUCGCUCGAGCCCGAGCCGCCAUGUUGAGUUCUUUAUCCACUGAAGGCAGAUCAUCCUUCUCCUCUUUCUCAUAUAAUAAGCAGAAGAGUGAAGACAGCCCCAAGAGCAGCACAUCCAGCUCUGCAUCAUAUCACCUGCAGAGGGCGCUGCCAGGAGGAAUCGUCCUGAUGGAGCUGGCUUUUCAAGGCUGUUAUUUCUGCGUGAAGCAGUUUGCAUUAGAGUGCUCAAGGAUUCCCAUGGGUCAGACGGUUAAUUCUCAGGAGUCUCUUCUCAACAAACCUCCUAGCCAGCCAUUCCCCGAGGUGCCCACGGCCUCUGACUCUGCGCUGUCCAUGCUGUUCACCGAGGAGUGCGAUAAGGUGCGGGAUCUGAUGCACGUUCACUCCUUCAGCUACGACUUCCACUUGCGUGUGGUGCAUCAGUACCUUGUGGGCUGUCACAUGACCCUGCGGCAGGGGUACCAGCUCACGGCCUUUCUGGAGGACUUCAUUGCCCAUCACCCCGACAUACCAAAGUUCGGACGCAACCACGUCUUCCAAGGGAGUUUCUCCAUAUCGACGGGGAUGAUCACAGCACAUCAGCUGUAUAAUUACAUCACUGAUCACGCCGGCACUUAUGGGAUGAAGCCCUUGCGCAUGUCUAAAGCUGCAGUUACCACUGAUAACAAAAAGGGGGCGCCGAGCGCAGACCUGCAUGAGUACGCACUGGUCGCUCUGUGGAACAGCUCUGGCUCGUUUAAAGACUUGGAGGGAUUGCGACACCAUGAUGACUUUGACGUGUCGCUGCUGGUUUGUCAUAACGCCGCCCCGUUUGAGGAGCAGUCGGAGGGAGAGAGACACCUGCUCAGGCUGCGUUUCUAUGUGAUCAUGACCAGUCAGAGGGAGCUGUUCCCGCGUUUGACUGCAGACAUGAGGCGCUUUAAGAAGCUUCCUCAGAUCCACCGUGACCCCGGUGACCUCAGCGGCCGCAUCCCUGCGGAGCAGAUGGAGGCUUGCAGCCCGGGGAUGCGGGAAUCUGAGCUGGACCUGUGGGAGGACACCAGCGUCCCCGUCACCCCUCCAGCCAGCCCUGAGUCUGACCCCAUUGAGAGCCUCCUGCACGCAGACGCAGACGACUCUCAGGGGCUCUUCUACCCGUGUCCUCUCUUCCCUCUGCUCAGUUCGGAGGUGCUGUCUGCACGGCGGCAGAUUCAGAGCAGCGUGGAGCAGGCCAUGGGCCACUGCCGCAGGGACAACCUCUGGAGGAGGCUCUUCCACGGAGAGCACCUGGCUCUGGAUAAACUCAAACUCAGCAAACUGACCUUCGGUGAACUGGAGGAGCUGCUGGACGCUGUGCAGAGCAGAUCAGUCUCUGAGAUUGACCCACAGCUGGACUGUUUCCUGAAUAUGAGUCCCGCCUGGUACCAGAGUCUCAUCAAAGUCCUGCUGUCACGCUUCCCACAGAACUGCAGACACUUUAAAGACGACAGCGGCAUACAGUACCUGGCCGUCCUGAACCAGAAGUUUACGGACUGCUUUGUGCUCGUUUUCCUGGACACACAGGCAGGAAAAACUAGUCUGAAGGUUGUUUUCAGGGAGCCGUUACCUGCGCAGACGCAGUCGAGCAGCAGUCCCCCACCGCAGCUUGUCUCCAUGUAUCACCAUCUGGAGUCGGUCAUCAACACCGCCUGCUACAACCUCUGGACGGGCCUGCUGUGAACUCAAGUGUCUGACAUCGGUUUGAGCUCUUAGACUGAGACUGAAUGAGUCUUGCGUGUGUAAUGCAUGCUGUGUCGACUAGGUUGCAUCCAUUGCCAAUUAAAUUGCUAAUAUUUUGCACAGGGAAACAGCUGAAUGUGCCGGCCUGUUGAUUGGAGGGAGGGUGUAUUUAUAGCGUGUGAGACUCCGCUGGUUUGCCAAAGCCAUACUGUCCUUCUGUAGUCUAGCGUUCAUUUGUGCUUAGUUUUUUUUUUUCUCGUUAUGCAUCUCUCUGUGCAUCAUGAUUGUCUUUACUGCCGUUUUUUUAAUCAUAAAAGUGCCUUUACUUUACUUUCACAUAAAUUUGAUGGAAGCUA